GUGCUUGGUACCCACGUGGGUUGUGCGGGAUUCCAGCGCUGUGUGCCCGAUCAUCAGCAGAGGGUCGUGACACCGAGAGAUGGCUCUGCCCGGAUGCCAGAGAAAUGCUAGAUGUCUGCUUUUAGCGCUCAGCCAUUAUGGGGGUUUCUCAAAGGGACUGCGUGAGUCGCCAGCAUUAACCUGUUGUCACCUCAGGAGAAAUGAAGCCAUUUCAGCACAACACUUUUAUAGACAUGUCUUCACCAUGCAAAACCCGACGAGGAAAUGUUGGCUGUCGAGAGCAGGCUGCGCCCGCUACAUGUCAGAAGGCGGUGUAAAUGUCCUUCACCCAGAGAACAAUCAACCUUCAAUCAGCCAGAAACAACAGGAGGUGGCAGUUAUACCCAGAGAGGAUGUGGACACAUUCCUAGAAGAGCUGGAUGAUGAUGCACUAUGUUCUUCACUGGAUAUAAUCCCAGAAGAUGAAGGUCCCCAAAUUGCUCCAAUCCCCCCUUCUUCCUCUACACUUCGAGAUUAUGUGGAUCAUUCUGAAACGCUACAGAAACUGGUAAUGCUUGGUGUGGAUUUAUCCAAACUGGAAAAGCGGCCCAAUGUUGGAACGUUUCUUCUGAAGUUAGACUUUGAAACAGAUAUCAGCAAAAUCCUUUUUUUCCUGAAAGAUGUAGGUGUAGAAGACAGUCAGCUGGGGCAUGUGUUGACCAAGAACCCUUUCAUACUCAGUGAAGACCUGGAUAACCUUCAGAAAAGGGUGGCCUACCUGCGCUCCAGAAAAUUCAGCCAGCAAGCCAUAGCUCGGAUGGUCUCCAGAGCCCCUUAUCUGCUGAACUUUUCGGUGGAGAGGCUGGACAAUCGGCUGGGCUUCUUCCAGAAACAGCUGGGGCUCAGCGCAGAGAAUACGCGUGAUAUAGUAACGCGCCUCCCCAGAAUGGUCACUGGAAGUCUCGAGCCAAUUAGGGAAAAUCUGAAGGUCUUCGAAAUAGAACUCGGGUUCCGCAAAAAUGAAAUACAGCAUAUUGCUUUGAGAGUUCCCAAAGUACUAACGGCACAAAAGAAAAGAAUUACAGAAACAUUUGAUUAUGUGCACAACACUAUGGGGAUUCCCCACAAUGUAAUCACAAAGUUUCCACAGAUUUUUAAUUCCAGCCUGUUGAAAAUAAAGGAAAGACACAUGUUUCUAGCUUUUUUGGGAAGAGCAGUGUAUGACCCGACACAAGCCAACUACAUCUCCUUAGAGAAAGUGGCAUCCAUGCCUGAUGAUAUUUUCUGCCAAGACGUUGCCAAAGCUUCUACACAGGACUUUGAUGAGUUCCGUAAAACCAUGUAGCUGUAU